GCCAGAGCAUUUGCGUCUCUGGGGCUGGGGACCGGAUUCCAGAUCCUGCCGCGGGAAGGCAAGGAGGGACAACGUCGAGGACACAAUGCGCAGCUCCACACCUGCCGAUGGCCGCCAGAAGUUCCACAACCAGCCGAUCCAGGGGCGCUUCCCAACGCUCCACUCGCCCGGCCGGCCGGGCGGUGCGGCCUCUUCCUGCUCUUGGAACCAAUCACCGGUCGCCUGGCAGUGCAGGCAAAGAGCGGUGCUGGAAGCCACCGUCCGUCCAUCUUUCUUGAAGGCAGGAAGGCUCCGCCCCUCAGCCCACCUCUACCCAGUUCCCAUUCCGCCCCGCCCCGCCUAUCUCUUCUCCCACCCCACUUGCAGCGGCCAUUGUGGUUGAGGGCAAGUGGCCGCUGAGGCCAGAGAAGCCAGAUAGGCGCCAUGUUUGAUAUGAUCAAAGAAUGGCGCCCUUAAAGAAUCCAGAGACAACUGGAGCCAGGAUGUCGCCAUAUUUUCUGAAGACACCUUCCGGGUCUCUUAACCCGGCUGUCUAAAUCCAAGCUGCCAUGAAGUGAAUAAACACCGAGGGGUUUUGUUUGUCCCCAUCACACCCCCCCCCCCCCCCCGAAUCCCUAGCAGCCAGUCCCUGCUACCUCGGUGCCCUCGACUGCGUCCGGACGCUAAGGCUGGGCGGGGCCCCGGCCUCCGGAGCCCUUCCUGUGGACGACGAAAGCUGAGGCCGCGCGCGGGGAGGCAGUGGCCUGGGGGACAGGGCGGCUGCUGCUCGGGGCCGGGAGGCCCCAUGGCGCCCCCCCCAGCCCCGCUCCUGGCGCUGAGACCGGGGGAUACCGGGGUUGGUUGUAAGAAGCCUGGGGCCGUGAGCUUCGCGGACGUGGCCGUGUACUUCUCCCCGGAGGAGUGGGGGUGUCUGCGGCCCGCGCAGCGGGCCCUGUACCGGGACGUGAUGCGGGAGACCUACGGCCACCUGGGCGCGCUCGGAGGCACCCCAAACAAGAAGGAAGAGGCACCAGAGGAAGGGCCAGGAGCCAAGGGACCCAGAAAGACUCCUGGGAAGGAGCCUUCUAAAGAGCUGGUUAAACACAACCCUGACUGGACCGUAAGAAAGGUUUCGGCAAGAGCACAGCAACCCACCAACGCUGCCUGGAACCAGAGCACAGGUGUGCAGCCCUCGGUCCCGGUGCCCGGCGUGGACACUCAGGACAGCCAGCGGCGUCACGUGUGUGCGGACUGUGGCCGCCGCUUCACCUACCCCUCGCUGCUGGUCAGCCACCGGCGCAUGCACUCAGGGGAGCGGCCCUUCCCCUGCCCCGAGUGUGGCAUGCGCUUCAAGAGGAAGUUCGCUGUGGAAGCCCACCAGUGGAUCCAUCGCUCCUGCUCUGGGGGGCGGCGGGGUCGGAGGCCUGGGAUUCGGGCUGUGCCUCGGGCUCCGGUGCGGGGGGACCGGGACCCGCCGGUGCUGUUCCGACACUACCCGGACAUCUUUGAGGAGUGCGGGUGAGCUGCUCCAGCAGGCUGGGGUGGAGCCUGACCUUGGACUGCCUGGGCCCCCCAGGGAGGCUCCUGAGUCAGGGAUUUGGGAACCAGAAAUUCAUCCCUUGGGCUUCCCUCGAGGAUCCCUCAAGUUUUCAAACUUGUAAAAAGAAAAGUGCCUGUAAAGAUUCAAAUAGAUUAAACUUGACGCUACUCCCCUCUCAGGCUUUCUAAAAAACUGAAGAGGGUAGACUUUUCUCAAAGUGUUCAUCUCAGCAGCGCAUGCCACCGAGAUCUUUCUGGGGUCUCAGAUCUUGCUGCUUCUCUACAGAGGAAGCAAAUGCUGAGGGGACUAAGGCCUGGGGAGGCCCCAGGGGGUGGCGAAGCCCUGGCUAAUUGACAGCAGCAGGGAGUCUGGGAAGUGAAGUGGGUGGAAAGAACACAGAUGCACCUAUCUAGUCUCUGCAACUUGUCCCCAGGCACAGCUGGUAAGUCACAUGCCAUCCCUGAGCCUCAGCUCCCUCACCUGUAAAAUAGAGAUUCAUAAUAUCUACCUCAGAGGGUUACUGUGAAGGCUGAAAUUUUAACAAGGUAGUAUGUACAACAUAGUAAUUGUGCAAUAAACAUUUGUGGGAAGAACAAA